CCUGAUGGCCAAUGGCCAGGGAACACAGAAGCUCCGCCUACGGGCCUCUGUGCGCUUGCUCGUCCGCCUCGCGCGAUCGCUUGGGGUGAAGGGAGGCUCCGCUGUGGUCAUGGGGGACCCGGAAACGCCGGAGCAGUCGGAGGGAGUCCCCGCACACCAAAGAGUUCAGCCAGCUUCAGGUCCGGGAGGAGCCCUGGUGGAGCUCACCCCGACCCCCGGCGGCCUGGCCCUAGUGAGCCCCUACCACACCCACCGGGCCGGGGACCCCUUAGACCUCGUGGCGCUCGCAGAGCAGGUGCAGAAGGCUGACGAAUUCAUCCGAGCAAAUGCCACCAACAAGCUGACAGUCAUAGCUGAGCAAAUCCAACAUUUACAAGAACAAGCCAGGAAGGUCCUGGAGGACGCUCGCAGAGAUGCUGACUUGCACCACGUAGCCUGUAAUUUAGUAAAAAAACCUGGCAACAUCUAUUACCUGUAUAAACGGGAGAGUGGUCAGCAGUAUUUUUCUAUUAUUUCUCCAAAGGAAUGGGGGACAAGUUGUCCACAUGCCUUCCUUGGCGCCUUCAAGCUACAGCAUGACAUGUCCUGGACUCCGUAUGAGGACAUUGAGAAGCACGAUGCUGGGAUCAGCAUAGUGGACAGGUUGCUAAGCCAGCCGGCGGCCCUGCCUCCAAGCACGGAGCCCGCCUUCCAGGGACUGACUGACUGAGAGAUGGCCCUGACAACAGCUCUCACAGCGAGGACGUAUCACUGUCACCUCCCUGCUGCCCUCAUUCUCUGCCCGGAUGGGAGGGGGCAUGAGAAUUGAGGUCUUGUGGGGAAUCAUGAAGUCUUGAAAGGAGACCCUGUGUGCAUAUAAAUGCUGUUGUUACUGCUUUUAGUUCCGAUGAUAAUGAAUCGUACCAGUCUCUCUGGGGAUCCUCUCUGGGUCACAGGUACCCAACCAGUCACCUUCAGAGUACUGGCCAGUGUACUUUCCUUCUCCUUGAUCUCCAUCUGUUCUCCCGUAAGUCAGAGCGUUAGAAAGAGGGUGUCUUCUACCCGCAUAAAGGUUGGCAAGGCAUUUUCCA